AUGGGACAUAUACUGCAUGUUUGCAUCAUCCCACAGCAUGGCUAUACACCACUGCACGAGGCCUGCUAUAACGGUCAUGUCAAGGUGGUGGAGAUGCUGUUGAAGCACGGUGUUGAUGCUGAAGCCAAGAACAACGUCAGUACAGUACCUCCCUCUUCCCCCUUGACCCCCCUCUAUGAUGGUGCACCUGGACCCCAUGAUGAUGAUGAUGAUGAUGCUGUACCUGUUGGCUGGACACCACUGCACUGGGCCUGCCAAAACGGUCGUGUCAAGGUGGUGGAGAUGCUGUUGAAGCACGGUGUUGAUGCUAAAGCCCAGAACUACGUCAGUACAGUACCUCCCUCUUCUUCCCUUUACCCCCCCUAUGAUGGUGCACCUGUACCCCAUGAUGAUGAUGAUGAUGAUGCUUAUGGCUAUACACCACUGCACAUGGCCUGCGGUAACGGUCAUGUCGAGGUGGUGGAGAUGCUGUUGCAGUACGGUGCUGAUGCUAAAGCCGAGGACGACACGACUACCACCCAGGCUCUCAACACACUCGACCAGGCACUGGCAGCGCCCGAAGCGUUAAGCAACCGCUUGAAGCAAUUGGACCCCAACACUGACAACCUAGAAUCAGUGCUGCAAGAGCUGCACGGUGUCACUGCUGGUUUUGAGCUGCAGCCGGUGCUUCUCGAGCUUCAGGACAUGCUGGCAGCGUGCCCCGCUCCACCCACCACGCCAGUGAUCGCGCCCAAGAAGCCACCCACCGACCUAGCUUCGGCCCUGAGCAAAGUCAUCGUUCUGAGCGGCGUGGAACCCAAGCGUCAGGAGCUGCUCACCAGCGCCAACAGCAACCUCAAGCGCCUGGUGCUGGCCUUGAUCGAUGCCCUGGGCGCCGUGGCAAGAGCGGGAACCACCGACACGAUUCAUCGCGUGGAAACGCUACGGCAGUGCGCGCAAUGCGUGGAUGCAAGUGCACCUCCUCCAGCUGAGACAUUGCCCGAGGCCUGGGAGGAGCUGUGCCAAGCUCACGAGAAGCUGAGCCUGCUCGAGCAGAACGGUCUCGAGCAAAUUGCUCAGUGGCAGCCACCUCCAGACUACGAGCAUCAGAAUUGGUACCUGGCGUUUGUGCACCACGAGUCGCAAGCUCUGCUGCAGCAGUUACAAGACAUGAUCGACUGGCAGGCCACGACACUCUCCAUGUUGGACUCGUGCAUGAGGCACGUGGACAGCUUGACCCAAGGCGUCGAUGAUGAAUCGGUUGCUGCCAACGAGGAACUGACCAAGGUGGAGACUGAGGUUCAAAACAGCAGCGCAGCUCUACAGCUCGUGCCCGAAGUUCUUCGGUCUGCUCUCGAGCAAGAACUGAAAAAGCUAGAAACGCGACGCGACAACUUACGACAACAAUUAUCAGUUCAGCCACACGUGGACCACGUCGCAGAGCUCGCCCAGCUGCUGCAUCAGCACUUUCCAGCGCUGCUGGUUUUUCUGCGCCCUGAACAGAGCACGAUGGGAGCGCGCCUCCGCACUGUGCUUGGGCCCGACCUUCCAGCCAGCCUGAUCUUGGAGGCCAUGACCGAAGUAGACCAGGGUUUGACGCUAUCCAGCUUGGGCCAGCUUGAGCUCCAUUGCAACCAAAACCACAAGGUCUACAAGGCCCGUGCCGCGCUUCCAGAGUGCCCUGAACAAGAAUUGGCUGUCAAGGAGUACGCUUUUGCUCGGCAACACAAGCAGGACCAGUGCCGUACGUUUCUGCGCGAACUCCGCGCCAUGCGCCAGCUUGAGCACCCACACAUCACUCCGGUCCUUGGCGCGCUUGUGGAUGUGCACAGUGGCCACCCCAGCGCCUACUUGGUGCAGCCGUGGUGUGCACAGGGGGAUCUGCAGCAGUGGCUCAGCAAGGCACGGCACCUGGCCACCUCGGCUGUCAUUGCAGGUUUGAUGAAUCAGCUGCGCGCGGCCCUGGCGUUUAUGCAUAGCAGGGGCCUGGUGCAUCGGGAUGUCAAGCUGAGCAACAUCAUGCUGGACGGUGCAGAGGACCAACCUGUUGUGCGGCUGGGCGAUUUUGACAUUGCCAAGGCCGCCGCUGAAGCCACCAUGCUACCAUGCACGGCCACCGCAUCGUCGGGCACGGCGGGCUAUGUGGCACCGGAGGUGCUUUUCGGCCAGGGUCGAGUGGGGGCGCGUCCAGCACAGGAUGCCUUUUCCUUUGGCUGCGUUCUCUACAACACCUACAUGUACCCACAAACGGUGCCGCCGGCUCAGUCGCGAACCGAUGAGGUUGUGGGUCAUUGCAGAUGGAAUUUCCAAGCGGGAGAUGGUGCCUUUAGCUUUCCUCAUCUGGCGGCCGAGGAUGCCUUUUCCUUUGGCUGCGUUCUCUACAACACGUACAUGUUCCCACAAACGGUGCCACCUGCUCACCCACGAGUUGAUGAGGUUGUGGAUCGAUGCAGCUGGAGCAUACGAGCGGGAGAGUCUGACUGCGACUUUCCGCACUUGGCGACUGAGAUGUGCGAUUCGUCGAGUGAUUUGUACAAGGAAACGCGGGCUUUGCUUGCAACAGAUCCAAAGCAACGGCCAAGCCUUUUCAGCGCCAAGCAGAUUUCGCAGCAGCCUGUCUUGGCCCAAGUCGGGCCAGCCAUUGAUGUCUUGCGCGACGCGCCCGAGCUCAUGUCAGAGGUGCGUCGCUUGUGA